ACCUCCAGAGCUGCAGGCGCUGUGAGGGGGAAAGGCUGGCUGCUAAUGAGCAAGGACGGUGUGAGCAGACUGACCAAUGAGCACAGUGCGGGGCGGGAAGCGCGCAUGUGCAGUUGGAGCCGGAGGCGGAGGAUCAUGUGGUGGGGUUAGGGAUCAGAGGCUCUAGCCGGGACCACUGGGUGCUGGAGGCUGUGCUUGCCCUGGUCGGAGUUCGUAGGGGCCGGGAUGGCCGUAUUGUUACGCUCCGCUUUACAGAGGCUGCACGGCAUGUUCGCUGUUUACAAACCGCCCGGAGUUCACUGGAAACGGCUCCGAGACACCGUGGAAACCAAACUCUUGAAUGAACUCAAUACCUUGGAGCAACCAGUUGUUCGGCAGCAAAUCCGAUAUGUGCCAAGUGUAAUCAAGGAUGAGAACGGAAAUGAAACGCAUCUGACUGUAACCCGGGUCCCAGUGCUGGCUGAUCACCCUCGAGUUACAGGUCCAAGGUUUGUUGGUCUGAAGGUGGGGGCUGGUCACCGCCUGGAUUUGCAAUCCUCUGGUGUGCUGGUGCUGGGCGUUGGAAAUGGAAACAAGCAGCUAAACAGUCUCUACCACUGUCACCUGACCAAGGAAUACAUUGUAAAAGGCAGCUUUGGGACAGCGACUGAGGACUUCUCAAACACAGGCAGAGUGAUCGAGAGAACAACUUAUCAUCACAUCACACGGGACAGGCUAGAGCGUAUCAUUGCUGUGAUCCAGGGCAGCCACCAACGAGCACUGCUAACGUAUUCAGAUGUUGAUUUGAAAAGUCAAGAGGCCUAUGAACUUGCAUCCCGGGGUUUGUUACGGCCUGUGAAUAAAUCCCCUCCGAUCAUUACCGCUAUUCGAUGUGUACACUUCUCCCCUCCGAGCUUCACACUGGAGAUCCAGUGUCUGCACGAGACCCAGCAGUACCUGCGGAAUGUUGUCCACGAGAUGGGUUUGGAGCUAAAGUCGUCGGCAGUGUGUACUCAUGUCCGCCGCACACGUGAUGGGAUUUUCACAGUGGACAAUGCGUUGAUCAGGACACAGUGGGAUCUGCCGAGUAUACUGGCUGCAGUCCAGGCCAGCCGGCUGAAAGUAGAAGCCAAGCUGCACGAGAACAGCUGGAGACUCUCGGACUCCUCUGAGGAAGACACGUGCACAGGGGUCAAAGCCAGGGUCCUGGAGAAGGGAAAUCACUGUCCAGGACCCACACCAGUGGGGGACUGAUCUGGGACCAUGGCACAGAGUUCUCUCCUAGACUGCAGCAUGCUCAGUGUUCAUUUUGAAGCAGACAUCAGUCAGGCUGAUGUUAAAGGGGAACUGCAGGAUUUGUGUACAAGGAGGAACCAUAUUCUAGGACAAUGUCGCAAAACACUUUUUUUCUUUAAACAUAAAUCUGUGAACACUGAUGUUGAAAGAAUAAAGAGACAGCGCUAGGCCUGACAACAUGCAGUAAACCAAGAAACACUGCAGGUGGCAAUCAGGAGCCAACACUGGGAAGCAGCAGAAAAAUCAGUAAGUGAUUUUAUUGCAUGGGAACCAGCACUGAGCUACACACAGCUAACUGGGCUUACAGCAGAGUCUAAGGAGAAGGUGAGAAUGUCAGUCUUCUUUAAGAUAGAAAUGGGGAUGUUUUGCUUUUAGAUGGUAGAGUGUCAUCCUCAUGAGGUAUGGAGGUGCCGGUGUUGGACUGGGGUGGACAAGGUCAGAAAUCACACAACACCAGGUUAUAGUCCAACAGGUUCAUUUUGAAAACUCCAACCUUUGGAGCUUCACUCCUCCUUCAGGUGUUAGUGAGAGAGGUAGUAUCAGACAGAAUUUUUAAGUAAAAGAUUGAAAGGUCACACCACUGAUGAGGAUAUAUUAAACAAACCUAAGAUGCUGUUAAAUCUUUAAUCAGUUUAAAAAGUUUUAACUGAUUCAUAUGUAAAUCCCCAAAUUUCUUUCAAGUCACUACCCUGAGAGAACUGAAGUUUUACCAGUGUAAACAAGUGACAUUUUAGGUCAGACAAUGCAUGUUAGGUGUGUGGCCUUGUUUAGAUUCUGUUUGUGUUGUGGUUUGGAGUCAGACUAGUUUUAUUUCUAAAGUGGGAAUUUAUAAAAUGCCACAUUGACUGUAUAAAUACUGUGCUUUUUCAACAAAAUAGAAUGUAUCUGCAAAUACAAAUUCACCCCAUAGAUUCGGGAGUGAAAGAGAGAGAGGGGGAAGGGGGAGGCUUAUAGCCAAGUUCGUUACCAAUGAGGAUGGCCUCAACUGGGAUCUUGGGUUCAUGUCGCACUACAGGUGACCCCAUCCCCUGUACACACUCUCUCUCACACAGAUCCUCCCACACACGUGAAUGUAUGGUGUGAAUUUAUAUUUUCAGAUACAUUCUAUUUUGUUCACAAAGCACAAUUUAUAGACAGUCAGUCAAUAUGGUGUUUUUGUAAAUUCCUACUUUAGAAAUAAAACCAGUCUGACUCCAAACCAAAAUGCAAACAGAUUCUAAACAAGUCCUCACACCUAACGUGCAUUGUCUGACCUAAAUAUCACCGCUUCUUCACACUGAUAAAACCUUUCGUCCUCUCAGGAUAGUGACUUGAAAGGAAUUUGGGGAUUAGUAUAUACAUAAUCAUCAAUUAAAAACUUCUAACUGAUUAAGGAUAUAACAGCAUCUUAGGUUUGUUUAAUUUAUCCCUGUGAGCCUUUGAUCUUUUACUUAUAAAUUCUGUUGCUGAUACCACCUCUCUCACUAACACUUGAAUGAGGAGUGAGGCUCCAAAAGCUUGUAUUUUCAAAUAAACCUGUUGGACUGUAACGUGUGAUUGCUGACCUUCCUCACAACAAAGUCUGACUUCUUUCAGCUCAGAGGUGGAUAGAUGGGAAGGUGGAAUUAGGAACACAAAUAGAUCAGUCAUAAUAGUGGAAUGACACAGUAGGCUCAAGAGGCUUAAUAUAUAUUAUUAUCCUUUAUAAUAAUUUGAAAAAGAUAAAGUAUUCACAAAACAAGCCAGAGGCUGGGACCAGGUCACCUCACAGUCCAGUCAUGAGGCUACACUGUUUCUGGAAGAUGUUAUGCCUGAACAGGAGGGCUGGGGCUGGAGGUGUCAGUCCCUACCUCGUAGUCCAUCACUUCUGCUCUAAGCCUUCUUCACUGACAUAUGUAAAAGUUUUGGGUAUCAUAGGGUUGUUUCCACACAAUUAAAUUCACUCUUCUGUGUUCCCA